GGGAGGGGCUCGUUUUGUUGCAUAACUGCUGCAUAGCUUGCAUGUAAUGGCAGUAGUUUUUCUUUUAUUUCUUCUCGUUGUGUCUGAGGGAUCUUUCUUUGAUGGUCCUUUACAACCAAAGUUUUCAGAGACAUACAAAGCAUGGAUUUUCCAAACAAUUUAUGCUUACAACACGACCAUUGAGGCAAACGGUUACACUGUAAGAGAUCAAGCUGGAGGGAGAGAGAUUCAAAAUGUCACAAUCAGAUAUGAAAAUGGAACACUCCUUGAUCAGUACUCCCAGCUUCACAGAAUGGACAUUAACACAACAUUCCUGACCACCUGGGACAUUAAAGGUAAUACGACUUGCGUGAAAUCAGCUGGUUUGAUGACGCCAUCAAUCUGGGAUUGGGUACCAUUCACUAACUAUACUGGACGAGAUUAUUUCUUUAACGUGGAUGAGUGGUUUUAUUUUGGCAGUCGUCUCAAUCGAACAUAUGUAGAUGAUCUCUCAUUAAGUGUAUCUAUAGAAGACUCAACUAUUCCACUGAUAGUAUAUGAUCAUACAUAUGCCAUUAGGAGUGUCUUUUAUAGUUUUGACUCCUCGUAUAAACCUGCUGAUUCUGACUUCCAGCCUCCUCCUAACUGCAAUGACAGCUAUGGAGGCAACAAACAAGUUUCUCCAAUGCUUGAGCUGAUCAAAGGCAACAAAAGGAAGCAAAGACUAUUCUUUUUGUAAAAAUAUGUGAUUGAGUAAUUUAUUGUAAAGACAGAAUUAUAUUUUUUUGAUUUUAUUAUGCUAAUGUUGCAUUAUGGAAACUGAAUGUGAAUGAUUGUUUGUGUUAGUUGCUUUUUUUCAAAUAUCGCACAUUGUUGUGCACACUCACAAAUAAUCCACAUGUAUCUAUUGUGUUAUCAUGUAUGAUGUAUGGCUUGAAUAAAUAGGGGAGACUCCUUGUGGUUACUUAUCUGACACUACUCCCUGACCUUAGAUCUGACCUACCUGUCACCUGCUUCAUCUUUCUUUUAGAUCACUCACAAAUAAUCCAAAGGGAUACUCCUUGAGGUUACCUACUGACACUAUUCCUUGACCUUAUAAAGCUGACCUGACCUGUCACCUGCUUCAGUUUUCUUCUGGAUCCUCUCUGACUACUCUUGCUAGACUAUAGUAACUCCAAGAAGGAUGCAUUGCUCUUACAGCUUUCUUCUGAUUUCCUCAAUAUUAAUGGGACUUGUGUUGGCAGACACUCCUUCACAGCCCAAAAUAUCAGAAACCUUUUCAACUUGGUAUGUCAGUGAAGUGUUUAACAUGCAAAACAGUACAAUUGAAUCUAUCUAUGAAGAACAAGGUUUCAUUCAAAGGGACUUUCAGGGAGGUAGGAUGCUGUUGAAUGGAACCGUAAAAUUUGGUGAUGAUUAUUUGGUUUUCUCAACACUCACUAUAUCAGAUAAAGUUUAUCAUACAUCCUGGGACUUAAGUAAUUCAAGUAAUGGUGCCAAAAGCUGCCGCAUGGAGUCCGGUGCUCUACCCUUGCAACCAACUUGGGAUUGGGUUAAUGAGACCAAUUACACUGGCAAUGCAGGCAACAUGGACAUAUGGACAAGCAAGUAUCCUGAUUUGAAUUUUACUCAAAUACUCACUGUACCAGCAAAUAAUCCUAACAUACCCUUGGAAUUUACGAGCAUUUCUUUGCCGUUUUAUACUGACAAAGCUAUUUACAUUGGUUUUGAUCCCACAUACAAGCCAAACGACUCUGAUUUUAAAAUACCUCAGGAUUGCUCACCUGAUAAAGAUAUCUCUUCCUUUCAUGAUCGUUUUCUCCACAAAUACAUCAAAAAAGACAAAAUAAUGUACUUGUCCAAAAUUUUGAAGAGGAAGGCGGGCUUUCGUAUUUGAACUGAUUAAUUAUGACGUUGUGGUUUAGUAAAUAUUUUGUCAUUUUAGUUAGUGAUAGGAAUUUUUUUGUAUUCAAUCAUUGUAAAAUUCAUAGUCAAAAACAA